GCAAGGAAGCUGGCCGGCCUGCUCGGCACCGAGGCGGGUCCUGACCUGGACACCACCGCUGACAAGAUCUUCUACUACAUCCCUGGGCCGGACUGGCCAAGUGUUUGUGCCCCGACACUCCUCCCCUCAGCAGACAAGCAGGGAACCCCCAGCACAUCUCGGGCCUGGCCUACUUCUAGGGAUACAGCAGUGGGCAAAACAGACAAAGACCCUCUUCUCUUGGUGUUCCCAUCCGUAUGACAGAACCAGAAGAUAAGACAGGUGGAAGACUUGGUAAGCCCAGAUGCGGCUGGUGUUGAGAACAGUAAAGGAAGAAAGGUGUGCAGCGGGGUCGGGGAAGGCUACAGUGCGGGGUUACCAGACGGGACCUCAUGGGGAAGGGACAUCUGAGCCAAGCCCUAAUGGGUGGGGGGUUCGCGAGUGUUCGCGUCAGCCUGUGCCUGAUGUGGGAGAAGAAGACAAACGGAGGAGGCAGAUCAAAGAGGACCCGUGCGCCAGCGCCGGGACCUCGGCCUUCUCGGUGGCUGAAGUCCCCGUCCCGCUGCAGUGCGCGGCCGCCGUCAGCACACACGCGCAAGGGCUGGUGGGACGCAUCUCUUCCCAGCUGCCUGUUAACUGAUGCUGCUGCUUGCAGUGGCCGUGGUGAGAGUGUUUGCGCAGAACCCUCGCCCGAGCCAGGUAGUAAACACUCGGAGAGCCGACCCUGGAGGCCCAGAGGCGGUUUGCGCAUCGGCUCCCUCAGACACGACCAGUCUGGGGAGGCCGAAUAAUCAAGACGAAGGUGCACAGGUUAGGAAAUAUCAGAAAUCAGGGUCGAAUGUCCACAGAGCACAGACCUCACGGUCUCUCCACCAGACCACGUGAUGUCACGCGUGUUUGUUGCCCCUAGUUCCAUACUAAGAGGCCGUGAGCGUGCGUCGGGCUUCCGUACCUGUGAGUGGUGGUGUGUGUGUGUUGCUCACCUUGGCAUCAUGUACCCGCGGGCGUGGGCAUGGGUGGGGCAGCUGGCCGCAGGUCAGGCCCCCUCCCGUGAGCUCUGCUCCCCACAGGACCUCCGGGGCCUGGAGAGCCAGCCCGAAAACCUAGAGCAGCCGUUCCUGAGUGUGUUCAAGAAGGGGCGGCGGAGGGUGCCUGUGAGGGAUCUAGGCAAGGUUGUGCACUACGCCAAGGUCCAGCUACGAUUCCAACACAGCCAGGACAUCAGCGACUGCUAUCUGGAACUGUUCCACUCCUACCUCUACUUCCAGGCCCAUGGUUCCAAAGGACUCACCUUCCAGGUGAGGGGAAGUAGGCAAAGGGGAAGGCCAGGGGUCGAGGGAGAGAGCAGCCUCUUGGGAGGUGGGUACCCAUGUCCACCGGGGUCCCCGAGCCCUCCCUCCCUCCAUGUGCUCUGGCAGGGGCUGUUGCCACUGAUGGAACUGAGCGUCUGCCCGCUUGAGGGGUCCAGAGAGCAUGCCUUCCAGAUCACAGGCCCGCUGCCUGCUCCUCUUCAUGUGCUCUGCCCCAGCCAGGCCGAGCUGGGCCACUGGCUGUACCACCUGGAAAAGCAGAUAGCCCUUGUGCGAGGGCCACAGCUCUGCCACUCGGCGCCCCUGCAGGGCCCCCCCGAGGGUGAGCUGCCCUGGACUCUGCAGCGCAGGCUGAUCCGGCUCCGGGCAGCAUCUGGACAUCGGACGGCGGGCAGCGCCGUCUGCGCCUCGAGGGUCAAGCUGCAGCAUCUGCCCUCGCAGGAGCAACAGGACCGGCUCCUGGUCCUGUACCCGUCAUCCCUGGCUAUCUUCUCCGAAGAGGCAGAGGGGCUUUGCUUUAAGGGGGAGCUGCCCCUCAGUACCAUCCAUGUCAACCUGGAGGAGAAGGAGAAGCAGAUCCGCUCUUUCCUGAUCGAAGGCCCGCUCAUCAACACCAUUCGUGUGCUGUGUGCCAGCUAUGAGGACUACAGCCACUGGCUGCUCUGUCUACAGACCGUCUCGCCCCGGGCUGGAGGCGCCCCGCCGGCUGGCCUCCCGGGGCUGUGGGGGUCCACACAGGUCAUGGGUGGCGGCCGAGGCUCCCUCUCCUCGGACGGACGAACCAGCUGGGACUCGGGGUGCCCCGCGCCCCCCUCCACCCACACCAGCCACUCUCUCCCUGAGUCGUCAGUGCCGCCCACCACAGGCUGCCCUGCCCAGCCUGUGCCUGACCAGGCCGACCCUGGCCGCACCAGCACCCGCAGGCAGAGGGCCGAGCUGAGACGGAGCAGCAGCAGUCGGUCACCCAGGAGUGAGGCCCGGACCGAGGAGCCCAGCCUGGCCACCUCGCUGUACUUGGACCUGACCAAGCUGAGCAGGCAGAGCCUCGAGGACAACCCUGAGGCCCCAGACCACUCUCUGAAGACCCCACACUCCCCACUCUAUGCCGACCCCUACACACCACCUGCUACCUCCUACCACAAGAUCACGGACGUCCAGGGCCUGGAUGAGUUCCUCAGCGCAGCGCAGAGCUCACUUGGACCUGAGUCCUCGAGCCCGUUCCCCUCGGUCCCUGUGUCUGUGCCUGUCUCGGGCCCCAGCUCUGGACUCUCCGGUCCCCACUUGCUCUCCAAGAGGGGAGCCCUGCAGCCCAGAGCCUCUCAGCGGCACCGAGGCGGCUCCGUCAAGGGCCAGGGGCCACUCCCUCCAGACUCCCCACAGCAUGCUGCCCCUGUGCAGGAAGUCUCGCCGGACCCCCUGCCACCUCCCUCAGGUGGCCACCCCCCCAAGAGCUACGGCAACUUCGGGGACAACGCUUCCUCUCCCUCCCACAAGCGGUGGCCCCGAGGAGGACCUGAGCCUGGUGGGGGGCUCGUCCAGUGGAUCUGAUGGCUUCUGGGUGGCUGGUUCUCAGGACCACCUGCCAGCGUGGGCUCUGCCGUAGGGACUGCAGCACAGCCUGGGCCAUUCUUUGUAGGGCCACAGGCUGACCGGCAUCCAGGCCCCGAACCCCACCCAGUGCUGAGUCCGUGUCUCAUCCCAGCAGGCUGAAGAGAGCUCCCAACCUUCCCCGGGCUCUGGAGGGGCCGGGAGGGGGGCCGGCCGGGAGGGGGGCCGCAUCCUGAAGAUGGCCUGGCGACGUGGCUGGACCCCAGAUCAGAGCAGGCCUCACAGGGGACCCGGCAGCAGCCCUUCCUCCAGGGAAGCAAUGAGAGAGGCCACUUGGCGCAGGCUUUACCUGCCAGUGGGGGGAGAGGGCUGAGAACGUCAGGUUAGUGCGGGUCAGAGCACGUGAGGUCAGAGGGCGUGACGGUAGGAGGUCAGCAAAGUCCGAGACACAACGAGCAGAGGUAGAGGGCAUUCUGGGCGGGUGUCAGUGGGCUGGGGCAGGUCAGGAGAAACGGACAAGAGACUAAAUAAGAAAGAAAGAGAAGGUUUUAUUUGU